AUGGUGCCUAACAGACCAAAUAGAGCUAUAGAUCUUAGUAAACGCCCCCCUCCAGCGUAUCGUAGUACGAGUGGUACGAUAACAGAAACCGACACAUGGAGCGAUUAUUCAGCCUCAUCAGGACUCGGCAAACGACGUGGUAGCUGGGUGAAUCUAGUAGAGUCCGAUGAAAACCUCAACAGGCACAAAGUGAACUGCUAUCCAAAAGUGAAGAAGGUUGGUAUUUUGACCGUGGAGCAGAUUUCUUUUAUUGUUGCAUUUAUGAUAAUUUGGUAUUUAGUUUGAGG